AUGCCUAGUACAUCUCCUGUCAUUCUUAUUCUCGGUGCAGGGCCCAACAUUGGCAGGGCUCUUGCCCACGAUGUCGUCAAUGCGUUUGACAAAGUGAAAAAGGCGUUCGGCAUCCCCAGCGUCGUCGUUUACAAUUGCAGCACGAAUACAUUCACACCUGCUGACGAUCCCUUGGCCAUUCCCAUUGCUAAUUUCCGUUCUGAGAGGAACAUCAACAUCGACAGUGCUUUUGUCGCUGCGCAGCAGGCCGUACUGGGCUUUGACCAGCUCCCUUCGUCGACUGCGCGCACUUUCAUCUACACUGGAAAUGUUACCAAUGUUGCCAUUCUCCCAAAAAUGCUAUCAUCUGGCGUCUGUAAAUCGGGUGCGGCUCAUAUGAUUUGGGCAGCCUCGGCAGGGUAUAGAGAUCGUGGAUACAAGUUCUACUAUGCCGAUGAACGAAAGGAAGACGGAUCUCCUAAGUAUCGCAUUGACGGUGAUGCACAUGCGAAACUCUACUGGGAACUGGCACACGCCAACACGCAGAGAACGUGGAUGCAGACAUUUGUCCGUAAGAAUGCUUUCGGGAGAUCUCCACAUGAGUCUGGGAAACUCAACUCAAAUAGUAAGGAUGGUAGAGGUAUCCUAUGA